CGACCGUCGUACUAGUACGACGCUGUAGAGCGAAGCUGCCUAUCGUGAUCGUGGGGUCCGUAUCGAGUCCCAGUGGCUCUGUCGUGGACCGCUGGCUGUUCGCGGGCUGCUGGGGGCUGCCUGGAACCGGCACGUGAUUCGAGGCGGGAAAAAUCGAACGAAAGGAGACGCACGGGGAAUAGUUUCAGGCGAGAACAUUUUGGUUGAAAAUGCUGCGCCGCGCGAGAGGAAGAACUGUGGACGAAGCGCUCCACGAGCUGUUUCUGAGUUCAGACAGCGAUGUGGAGCCGUCAGUGAGUAGCGACAGCGACGAGGAGGGUCUAUGGACGCCAGCAAGGGCCAGAGUUCAGAACGAAACUGCGCCUGAUGUGAGUGGCGGAGCAAGCGCCAGUGUCGAUGAGUACGUCGCGGAGCACGCGGACAUCGAUGUUGCGAAUGAAGCGCAGCCGGCGGACGUCCGUGACAGCAGUAGCAGCAGUAGUACUAGUGGCACGGAGAGCGACGAUGAUGAACAGGCGUCCGAGAGGUCGCAUGUCCACAUCCAGGAGCAGCUUGCCGCAGGAGACGAUGGGAGCGAAGGGCAAUGGAAGAUGGAAGAAAACCAGCCCUUGCAAGACUCGUUCACUGCCCAGCCCGGUAUCAAGGUGCCAGUGCCAGAAAAUGCUGAGCCAUAUCAUUAUUUUUGCCUGUUUUUUACUUUACAAUUUUGGCAAUUGCUCUGCACUGAGACCAAUCGAUUUGCCCAGCAAUAUCUAAAUGCACACCGUGACACACUCCCAGCUCGUAGCAGAUUUAGGAAAUGGGUAGACGUUAGCGUACAAGAAAUGAAAGUGUUCUUUGCUCUAUUUUUGCUGAUGGGAUUUAUUUGGAAGCCAGAAAUCGAUCUCUAUUGGAACAGGAACCCUCUGAUUUUCACCCCUUUAUUCCCCGCCUCGAUGAAGCGCGACCGAUGGAUGUGUAUUGCAAGUUUUCUGCACUUUGCAAACAAUGAAGACGAGACGGCUAGAACCGACAAGCUUAGGAAAAUUCGGCCGUUGAUUACAUUUUUCCAGGAUAAAUUUCAGACCGUGUACAUUCCGUAUAAACAUAUCUCUAUUGAUGAAGAAUUAGUGCCAUGGAAGGGUAGACUAGAUUUUAGGCAGUUUAUACCCUCGAAACGAGCAAGAUUUGGUGUCAAGAUAUAUGCUCUGUGUGAGUCUAGUGGUUAUAUGUCUAACUUUUUUGUUUAUGUUGGCCGAGAUGAUCAUGCCUAUCAGCCUGGCUUAGUAGAGAAAGUCGGCAAAUCUGGUGCCGUAGUUGUCCAUUUAUUAGAUCCAUUAUUUUUAGACAAAGGCUACAACGUAUACAUAGAUAACUUUUAUUCUAGUAUUGAGCUGGCUGAAUACUUGGAGACCAGGAAGACCGGAGUGUGUGGAACAAUUAGAAAGAAUAGGCGUGGCCUUCCAAAGCGGUUGGUGAACCUCAAGUUGAAGAAACGCGGAUCGUUUGCAUAUCGUACAAUGGGCAGUAAAUUAUUUGUAAAACUAUCGGACACCAAAGAAGUAUAUUUUCUCACCAAUUUGUUCAAGCCUAAUGUUAUUGCAACGAAUAAACGCGACCGCACCAGGAAACGGGUUCACAAACUCAACCUUGUUCACCAAUACAAUCAGUACAUGGGCGGUGUGGAUCGCAAUGAUGCUCUUCUGUCGUACUACAGUGCAUUGAGAAAAUCCAUGAAGUGGUACAAAAAAAUAGGUGCACAUUUUAUCGAAGAAGCAUUAUUGAAUUCAUAUAUAUUAUAUAAAAAGUCCAAGAGUAUGCCACACCAUGAAUAUGUUAUAUCUGUAUUAUCUGCAUUGCUUGCGGAUGGCACGGGUCCCGCCGCUGCUGAUGAUGUUGCUGUUGCCAACCCUGCUCCUGCGGAUGCUGCUGGCCCUGUACCUACCACACCAGUUGUCCCUGCUGCUGCUGCCGCUGCUACUGCCACACCUGCUACUCCUGCCACUCCUGCCACUGCUCGUGGCCUAGUUGUGUCCUCCAGGCUUGGUGGGCGCAAGGGUCACUACCCCGCACCCGUACCUGCCUCUUGCGGCAAGCCUGAGGGCAAGUCGCAGCGCCGGUGUGUCGUAUGCUCCCACAAUGGGGUUAGAAAAAUGGUCACAAUCUGCUGCCUGGACUGCGUGGACAUGCCUGGCCUAUGUGCCACUCCAUGUUUCAGAAUUUAUCACACAUGCGAGAAGUUUUAA